UUUCAAUACUCAGGGGAUGGACCGGAUGUCUUGAUUGCAACAAUCCCUGAUCUAUAGACCUUUUUAUGCUGCUUGGUAACCCUCUGAGAGGCUUUUUCCCUUCCGUAAACUUGUCUCGAAUACAUUAAUGGCUCACUCUUUAUACUCCCCGGAAGAGGAGGUUGUUGGCUUUGAUUCACAAUCUAAGCGAGAUGCUCUACCGAUACCCACGCGCACCAGUCGAGGCGAUAGCUACCAGGACAUGGUGGAUAGAGCUGGUUGUCAGAGUCCCAGUCCCGAGAUCGACAGCAAGAGUCGAAACUCGACACGCCGCCGCAUUCAGGUAGCGUGUAAUCGUUGCCGAAAAAGAAAAAUCAAAUGCAGCGGCGACAACGGUGAUGGGCAGGGCUGCUCCAACUGUCGCAGCUCUGGAAAUGCCAAUUGUCAAUUCUUGAGGGUCAAUUCUUCGAUGGUGCAGGCGAGAAUGAGCUGGCCAUAUCCAGUGAUGAAUGCUACGAUGUCCCCUUCUCAACGACAUGGGCCGUAUGUGCAGUCAAUGCCCCCAAAGACGAUGGCUACUACGUCAGGGAACCCUUCGACUAUGCGCGUGAACCCUUACGCCCGGGCACCCGGCUAUGGCUGUGGGUCAGCUGAGUCGCAGCUGCCCGUUGGUCGACAGUCGUUUGGGUGCGUUGACCACGCCGCUCACUAUGAGGAGGAACCCGGGAUGUACAGCCCUCAGACUUCGGGGUACAUGGUCUCUGGGGUACCGCAGACCGUCAUGGCGGAGUAUUGUGGGCUCACAUUGAGUCCCAAAGCGUGGAAUCCUAACGUGUACUUUGGCCGGAGCCCUAGCCCAGGCAUGUUCGGCGAACACGAGGGCGGGAGUUCCUUGUCUCAACCUCUAUAUCCCUACAUGUUCUCGGGUCCUCCAAGUCAAAUCACCGAUGGCCCCCCGAUUGUGCCAACCAUGAGCUCUACCUCCGUCGAGGGACAAGGGGUGGAUCGGACGCUUCCUGAUCCCACGAGUCGAAGUCAGGCUCCACAGUGUCCUGCUGGAUUUACACUGACGCCCGAAGUUCUUACGCUCCCCGAGACCGUAGAUCAUCGAGCCGGGGUGGGUUGGAAUUACAAAAGCGCCACCGCCUCUAACAAUAAUGCUCUUUCCUCAGUUCAACGGUUUCCGAACGAAGCCCUAGGCGGCAGUCCCAUCUCUCGGACGAGGACGAGUGCGCAAGACAUGGUCUUUGGAAGUCCUUUUCUCACGACCAUGGGUGCACCUCCUAUUCUGACCUCCUCUGCCGGGCUACUUGCUGGCUUGGAGACGGCCACUACAAGCGAAGAUCUUCGGGGAAGUGGAGAUGGUGGUCAAGCCACGAGAACGCUCGCGCAGAGUCAUCUUCCCGACGCCGGCUCUGACAUCUACGUAUACAGCAGCAGCGAAAGGAGGGACAAGCACUCUUACAAGACAGAUGGGUCAGCAUCAGUGCUGAUGAACGGGCUACCCUACACGCGCCCCGGGCCGGGGCUCUAUGGGCCACCGAUGACUACCACGCCAGUCUGCCGCCCUAAUACAGUGAUUUAUGCACCGCCGAUACCACCGCUACAUCACCCCAGCGAUUUCUAA